AAGUGGAGGUUACGGUAAAGACAUAUUACAUACAGAUAUAGUAAAAAUGUUUUCUAUUAUACCGAAACAUAUCGUUCUGUCAUUGUUUAAGCGUAAUAUUUCACAAAAUUUUGUUAACGUAAUAAGUAUAAGAAACAAUCCUUUAUGGUGGAUAUAUAAAAAAUCAAACAUACGAUACUUUUAUUAUAAUACAAAUAUAUACUCUUUGGAAUACUUUAGAUCCAACAAUGUCGAUGCACGAACAUAUUCUGUGAUUCCGAAUACAUCAUUUAUAUCGACUAAGGAUGAAAGUCGUGAAUUAAUGGCUAUAUGGCCCGAUAUCGUACGUGAUCUCACAAAUGCUGGUCGUCAUCUCGACAUACCUGAUGUUACCAAGUGGCUAGUGAAGGUAUUGCAAUACAAUGUUCCAUGUGGAGGGAAGAAUAGAGCGUUAACGGUUGUAGAAGCAUAUAGAUCAUUAAGUCCUCCUGAUCAAAUAACGGCAGAAAACCUUCGUUUAACUCGUAUACUGGGCUGGUGUAUAGAAUUGUUGCAAGCGUUCUUCCUGAUGACAGAUGAUAUUCAAGAUCACUCAGAAAUGCGACGAAAUCAACCGUGCUGGUAUUUAUACAAUGACAUUGGAUUAACGGCUAUUAACGACGCUUUAAUGCUGGAAAUGUGUAUAUAUCAGCUCCUUAAGAAACAUUUUAAGACAAAAGAAUGUUAUGUGGAUCUCAUAGAACAAUUUUUAUCCGUUUCUUUAAAAACGGAAGUGGGUCAAUGUCUAGAUUUACUAUCAACAAAUUUUGGAAAGAAACCGAAUCUACAUCUAUUUACUAUGGAUAGAUAUAAUUCUAUUGUAAAAUAUAAAACAGGUUACUAUACAUUUGUGUUACCAGCCACUGUUGCUAUGAUUUUUGCUGGUAUAAAAGAUCCCGAAAUGUAUAGGCAAGCAAAAACAAUUUUGUUAGAAAUGGGACAUCUUUUUCAAGUAAAAGAUGAUUAUUUAGAUUGUUAUGGUAGUAUAGAAGACAUUGGAAAAUCUGGUACAGAUAUAGCAGAGGGAAAAUGUACAUGGCUUAUUGUUGUAGCUUUACAACGUGCUACACCAGAGCAAAAGAAAAUUUUUGAGGAGUGCUACGGACUGCUUGAUGUAGAAAAAAUAAAUCGUGUAAAACAACUCUAUCAGGAGCUUGGUAUAUCAAAUACUUAUGCUGUUUAUGAAGAAGAAACAUAUAACUUACUACAUACACAUAUACAACAAAUAUCUCGUGGACUUCCACAUGAUUUCUUCUUAAAGUUACUUAACAGAACAUGUCGUAAAAUAGGCCGAAAGGACUAAUUAUAGAAUUAAAAAGGACAGAUGUUAAUUAUUACUAUGAUUUAAGGAAAUACAUAUGUGUUUGUAUUUUCCUCUCUCUAUGACAGAGAUUAAAUAAGGACCAGUAACACUUUACCUUUAAUGAUUAAAUUCUGUCGUAAUAAGAUAAAAUCAUAAACAGAGACAAUAAUUUCUUACUACAAAUACAUUGUUGCUGAAGUGCACAA